GGCUCUCAGCCACGUCCCUCUUCCCCUCCCUGCCCCGCCAUGUCGGACAAACUGGACACCGACAGCCGUUCCGAACAGACCGGCGACGAGAAACAGGAUACACAGGAGAAGGAAGCAGUCGUCCCAGAGAGAACAGAAGAAGCAAAACUAAAGGCCAAAUAUCCUAAUUUAGGACAGAAGCCAGGAGGGUCAGACUUCCUAAUGAAAAGACUGCAGAAAGGGCAAAAGUAUUUUGACUCGGGUGACUACAAUAUGGCCAAGGCAAAGAUGAAGAACAAGCAGUUGCCAAGCACUGGGCCUGACAAGAACCUGGUGACAGGAGACCAUAUCCCAACCCCGCAAGAUCUUCCACAGAGAAAGUCGUCCCUUGUAACCAGCAAGCUGGCAGGGCCUGAAAACCAUGUUGAUUCAAUGGAUGCAGCCUGUGGAGUGCAAGAUCACAACUGAUAAUGCAUGUCAAAUACGGUCUUCAUGUCGUACGGAAAAUACAGCACUUCUCCUAGAACACAGGGUCGAAGUGCGUUUAUAAUCUUGACUAUUUUAGCAGAGAUGCAAUAGUGAGCUGGAUUAAAAGGUGCUUCAGCGGAACGAUACCGUUAAGAUUUCCGCAUGCAGUUUGCUGUGCUGGAAGCAAACCCGUAUCUUUUAAAGCCAAAAUUUAAAGAUUUGGUUUGGGGUUUUUUUUUGCUUUGGGCUUUUUUAAGGUGGGAGUGGGAAGAAGGGAAUCUGUUUAAAUCUGUUCAUUCUGUAGGGUACUAUAUCGCAUAUCAAGGCCAAGAACACUCAAUGAAAGGUAACACUUGAAACCCCACAGUUAAUGUAGCUUUUUCUACAUACGUUCUCUGCUCUGCCUUACUUCUAGGGACUAAAAACGAUCGUGUCAUUCAUACAAGGGACUGUUUCAGUUGAUCAUGCUUUGCUGCUGCUGCUUCUAAAUAAAAACCUGGUGUUGCCUCUUGCUAAGCAGGGUAUUCCUAAGAGUCUCCGAGAAGAAGUAAAAACUCCAAGCUUGACCCAUCCUACAGCUCAAUAUCCAUAUUCAUGAGGGUGUAAAGAACCAUUUUUUUUCUUUUCAUAGUGACUGGCCAAUAAAAUGUCAGUUUCAGCCGAAUGACAGAGACAGGGUUUAGAGGGGAAUGGGGAACUCCUUUGUAAGUGUGUAACUUCAUCCUUUAGUCUCCAUCUCCUCAUGCCUUAUAUCCAGGUUCCAAAGCAAUCUGUGAAGGUUGGGGGAGGAAGCUAGUCGUGUUUUGUAUAAUCUCUUCAAAUGUUUUGCUGUUUGUCCCAGCCACAUUGUAAAUAGAUUUGAAUCGUAUAUAUAUAUAUAUAUAAAUAUAUAUAAUUUUUUACAUCUUCUUUAUCUCUCUUCUAUUCUAUGCUUUUUUUUUCCUUAAAACAAUAAAAGUGUGGGGGAGGGAUGACGAGUUGGGGAAGAGAAACUGUUCUUGAAUCGCUGAGUACAUGUCAGCUGUUCAGUCAGCCUCCAUGGUGCUGAUCUUAGUGCAAUCUGAUUGACAGGGAGAUCAGCGAGGGGAAUAAAUGAGUAUGUAUCAAACCACUCCCUCGCUGUCCCUGGGAGUCAAGAAAUACCAAGUGUGUUUCUAUAGAAAGGAGGAAGAAAUUGCCUUCAAAAGACCAGGUGAGAAAUAUCAGGAAGGAUUUAUUUUAGAAAAUAAACUUGUCUCAAACACAAA